CUUUAAUCCUGUCCACAGUAGGAAGUCGCUUGUCUACUGUACUGAAUUUUGGCAACGCUGUUUUUGACCACCUGGCUCAACCUGUCAGAAAAGAUGAGCGACACAGAGGAUGACAACGAGAUCUCAUUUACAGUGAAGUUCCUUGGCCGAGUGGGAGUAGUCCAUCCGAGUGGACAUAAUAUCCUGGAGGAAGCAGCUCAGAGCCUCAAGACACCUGACCCGUAUUCCUCUGAAAAGGCUGCAAAGAAGAGCAAAGUCCAUCUCUUCGUGUCCCUAAGUGGGAUUGACAUAUUGGAAAACAAAACCAAGUUUCUGCUGUACACCUGCCCCCUGUCCACCGUCUCCUUCUGCGCCGUCUUGCCCUCGUCACACAAAGUUUUCGGCUUUGUGGCCAAGCACCCUGCGGUAGACUCUUACCACUGCUAUCUGUUCAAGAGCAAGACUCUGGCAUACUUGCUCGUCUCCGCCGUCGGCGAUGUCUUCCGAGCUGCGAAUAAAGAGGAGAGUGUCAAGGGAGGUCGCGACCUGAUAGUGGAGGCCCUCAGACACAAGAAUAAAAUGCUGCAAAAGGAAAAUUCUGAGCUCAGGAGGAUGCUUGCAGAGAAAAACAAUCAAGAAUAAGAAGACGGGUUGGAGUCGUUCUGCGGAUGCAUGUUGAUUUAUGCUGCACAGAGAUUUCACAGUGGACGCUUUUUCCUCUCACCAGCGUCAUCAGAUCCUUCUGGACAUAGCGGGUCUGAGGCUGGCUGCCUGACUUUUAAUAUCAACUUCCUUCCCUGCCUUUCUGUGAUGAAUGAGCAGAUGAACUUCGACACCAAAUUUCUGUCUUUUCUACUUACCACAUUUCUUUUAUCCUUCAAAAAUCAUUUAUCUGAUGAAAGGAUAGGUUAAAAUUGAUACAACUUUUGCAAAUGUUGCAUGUGCAUUUUUCUUAAUAAUGUCACUAGUUAUGUAAUUGCAAUCCUCCUCUAGUCUGUGCAGUCACUGUGUAAAAGGUGUGAAAUAGACCUUGUGUUUUCAUUGUUCCGUGUUUAUUAUUACAACUCCUGCCAAUAGAAAUUAUUUGUCACAAAAUAAAUCUC